UUGGAAGCUCCUUGCCAAUGGUGAAGACUGAUAUGAAGAAGAUUCAACCAGAACCAUCGGAGCAAAUGAAAUCAUCAACAUCCUCAUCAUCAUUGAAUAAUAAGUAUAAAGGUGUAAGAAUGAGGAGCUGGGGUUCUUGGGUGUCGGAGAUUAGGGUUCCAAAUCAGAAGACAAGGAUCUGGUUAGGAUCUUAUUCUACAGCAGAAGCUGCCGCAAGAGCCUAUGACGCUGCACUUUUAUGCCUCAAAGGUUCCUCGGGAAAUCUCAACUUCCCCAUCACAUCCUAUCAUUACAUCCCUGAUAGCGUUUUGUCUCCCAAGUCAAUACAAAGAGUGGCCGCCGCAGCGGCAAAUAGUUUCGUCGACAGUGCAGCCGCCGCCCCACCGAUAUCGUCGUCACCUUCCUCCGCUUGUUCCUCUUCAUCAGUCUCUUCUAUGUCUAUGUACUCCUCGCCAUCUGAUCAAGCUGUUGAUGAAGAUGAUGACUAUAUGUCACUGAUACAAUCUCUUGUAGCAAACGAUGAGCCUGUUUCUCUGAUGGAACAAUGGUACCCCUCGCUUGAUCAGAUGUUGAAUGUGUCCUCAUUUCAUGCACCCUCGACGAUCAAUGAUUUCUACGAGGAAGGCGAUGAUGAUAUUCGCCUAUGGAGUUUUUGUUAAGGCUGGAAGUCAAACAUUAAACCAUUC